CACACGAGCAAGCAAGCACAAGAAGAAGACGCAGAGGCGAAGAUUCUCCGCCAAUUGUCUGCCUUCCACCCCUCCCCCCUCACCGCCAGCACCCACCAACCAGCACCACCAAGCAGCACCACCUUGCAGUGCCACCACCAACCCAACAGCACCUUGCAGUGCCACCAGCCAGCCAGUACAGUACCCCGUGCCCAAACAACAAAAAGACAAAAGGAAGGACAACAAGCAAGAAGAAGAACGAGCAAUGGAUGUGUUUGAGCUGUCGCCGCUGCUCACAGAACAGCAGGCAAAGUACAGCUGCCAGGGCCGGCAUGGUCCGGAAGCUCUCCAGACGCAACAGCGGUUCAUGAUGGCUGGCCUCGUUCGACAAUUGGGCGAGGUUUCCGCCUUUGCCGCAAACAUCAUGGAUGAUUUGUCCGCUCAGCUGGUUCGCAUGAACGAUCGUCUUGAAGAUAUUUCGGGACGGGAACGAAGUGCACGCGCGCGCAUCAACGAGGUGCAGGAGCGCUGCAACAAGUCUCUGGGCGUCUUUGACUGGCAAGAAGGCAAGCCGUGGGCAGCAACGGUUCGGAUGGAUGCCAUGCUGUUUACCAAAGGCCGCGAGAACCCGACAGUGAGGGUGGCAUACGACAAGGCGCGCCCCACACCGCAGCUGGAUGUCUUUGACGAGUUUCGGGACCCGACGAAGCCGCCGUGCCUCAAGCUGUACUCUGAUCUCGACUUCUUCUUCAACCGGUGGCGCUCGCUGCAGGAGAAGCAGCACAAGGAGAAUAAGGAACGCCGCAAGAAGCGCCGGCGCAAGAAGAAGGACACGCGCACGCACACGCAACGCAAGGUGCGCGCGGUCAAGGUGAAGAAGUACAACAAGGACACGGGUGAGCUUAUCGUCGAGGAUGAGUCCAAGUACCGCAAACCACAGCAGCAGCAACAGCAGCAGGUGGCUGAUGAGGAGGACGACGGUACGGGUGGUCCCCCGCGCAAGCCAACAGCUGCCCCGCCCCCGCCACCGCCCGGACAGGCACCCGUCAGCAAACCCGCACACGCACCCCCGCCGCCACCAGCAAAGCCAAGCGCUCCACCGCCACCACCGCCAACGGCAGCCCCGCCACCACCGCCGCCGGGCGCCAAACCCGCUGCAGGCGAUGAGGAGGACGAAGGUGCACAUGACCUGCCACCGCCACCGCCCAUGCCUGUCACCAUGCCGCCACCACCACCCCCGCCGUCCCAGACCAACAAACCAGGCCUGACACCUCCCAGCGGCACACCUCCACCGCCGCCACCACAAGACCAGCAACAACAGCAGUCUGGCCCGCCUGCCAUGGCGCCACCGCCACCACCGCCACAAUCGGGACCACCGGAUGCUGCGCCGCCACCGGGACCCCCGCCCCCACCACCGCCUGUUGCUGCUGCACAGCCGCACCAGCCCAUGCCUGAUGCACCCCCACCGCCGCCACCACCAGCGGGCAUCACAGACGCAGCACCCACCGCUGCACCGCCACCGCCACCCCCGCCAAUGCCGGCAAGCGCUCCACUGCCGCCGCCGCCACCACCACUGCCGACGGAGGGUGGUCUUGGCGCUGUGCUGAAGAGCAUGGUGUCGUCCUCAGAAUCCCAGACGCAGUCCACCGCCGCGCAGGGGCAGGACCUCAUGGCCCAGAUCAUCCAGGGGAAGAAGCUUCGUCACGUGGACAAGGAGCAGGAGGAGAUGCGCCGGACCUCCACCUCGGCCUCCUCCAUGGGAAACACCGUCCAGGCAAUCCUCAUGCGCCGCAUGGCUAUGCAGCUGCAAGAGUCGAGCGACGAGGAUUCUGAUGGCAGCGAUUGGGAGAGCGACGACGACGACUACGAAGACUUUGACGACUGAACCUGCUGGCGCGGUUGCUGCGCGUUGCCUCCCUCUUCUUCUUUCUUUGGCCUCUGUUUCUGGCGUCUGUCCUUCUGUCCGACUGGCUUCACAACAUAAAACACGACGAAUAGUGAA